AUGGAGCCGUCCACAGCGCCCGUUGCUGAUCUAGCCGAUCUUUACUCCGUUAUCCCGUUUAAUGUCACCUUUCCGGACGACACAAUGAGUUUCGUGCCCAACGGCAACUACACAGAGCAGGCACAGGCUCGGAGCCCCGCCGGUAUGAUAAUAGCCAUCUCCAUCACGGCUCUCUACUCCGUGAUCUGUGUGGUGGGACUUCUGGGCAACAUCCUUGUUAUGUACGGGGUGGUGAGAUACACUAAGAUGAAGACCGCCACCAACAUCUACAUCUUCAACCUGGCUCUGGCAGAUGCUCUGGCCACGAGCACGCUGCCCUUCCAGAGCGCCAAGUACCUGAUGAACACCUGGCCUUUCGGGGAGCUCCUGUGCAAGGUGGUCAUCGCCAUCGACUACUACAACAUGUUCACCAGCAUCUUCACCCUGACCAUGAUGAGCGUGGACCGCUACAUCGCCGUGUGCCACCCCGUGCGUGCCCUGGAGUUCCGCACGCCUGCCAAGGCCAAGAUGAUCAACGUGCUGAUCUGGGUCUUGUCCUCGGCCAUCGGUGUGCCUAUCAUGGUCAUGGCUGUGAUCAAGGAGUCAGACAGUGGUAAAACUAUGUGUAUGCUGAAGUUCCCUGACCCUGACUGGUACUGGGAUGGGGUAACCAAGAUCUGUGUGUUCCUCUUUGCCUUUGUGGUGCCCGUCCUGGUGAUCACCAUCUGCUACGGCCUGAUGAUCCUGCGGCUGAAGAGCGUGCGUCUGCUCUCCGGCUCCAAGGAGAAAGAUCGCAACAUGCGCCGCAUCACCCGCAUGGUCCUGGUGGUGGUGGCGGCCUUCAUCGUCUGCUGGACGCCCAUCCACAUCUUCAUCAUCGUCAAGACCUUGGUGGACAUCAACACCAGGAACCCGUUGGUGGUGGCCAGCUGGCACCUGUGCAUCGCCCUGGGCUACAUCAACAGCAGCCUCAACCCCGUCCUCUAUGCCUUCCUGGAUGAGAACUUCAAGAGGUGCUUCAGGGAUUUCUGCCUGCCCUGCCGGACCCAGGUGAACCAGAACAACCUGUCUACAGCUCGGAACGCCACCCAGGAGCCUGUCUCUGUCUGCGUGCCCUCGGGGGUGGGGAAGAAGCCGGUAUGA